AUAUUCGCGAUAUUAGCGGAUUGCAAAGGUUAUCGUUUUUCCUUUUUCAAAAAUCGAUAUCAGAUAUAGAAGCAUAGAGUGGUAAAAACAUAGUGAGUGGCCUUUUUAUGGAGUGGCAAAGUUUUUCUCCGCUAAAAAGCAACACGCAAAGUGCACUGAGUGCAGCUUGAACAAGAUCGACGAUUCCUAAGGAAACUCUAUCCCUCAAAAUCGCCUUACUCUUCGCCAAAGAAUCACUCUCCUCCGCCCGAUAUCGCGAUCUUCCUGAUGCACCGUAUGCAUAAGAGGAAACUCCUUCCCAGACGGUGACAACGAAGACGAAGACGACAAGGACGAGAAGACGUCGCGAGAGACAAUUCGCCUGAAGCAUCACUCACUCACUCACCUUCUUUCUCUCUCUCUCUCACUCUCUGUCUCUUUCCUGGAAAUCUGACGAAGCCGAUGCGUGUCGAGUGAAAACUCAACGAGCUUAUUUUUGCGUAAAGACGCUCGCAGGGGUACCGCAUACCGCAUACCGCAUACCGAGUACCGAUGGAUAAAUAAUCGAGCGUCACACAGCGUCUAUCUAUAUCUUUCCAUAUUGUUCAAAAGACACCGAGGGUUUUCGAAGAGAGACACUCAAAGACGUCGAACUUGGCCGAUUAGUAAAAUUUCGAGCGAAACUUGCUUAUUCUUAUCCGAGCGCGGCUAGGAUAUCCGGUCUGAUCAUGAGUUCUUGGAUGAACUGUCCGUCCUCGUUGCUGCUGUUGCUGCUAGGCUUGAGCCUGCACAGCGCGUGCAUCACGCGAGCGAACGGUGCCGGUAGCCAGGACAGUGAUCACGACGGUGGUCACGACGGUGGUCACGACGGUGGUGGUCACGACGGCGGUAGUCACGAUUCCUUAGUCGUGGAGACUACCAGCGGGCUGAUGCGCGGUUUCUCCCGCACGGUGCUCGAUCGUGAGGUUCACGUGUUUUACGGAGUGCCGUUCGCGAAGCCUCCAGUCGGGCCUCUGCGAUUUCGCAAGCCUCUGCCGAUCGAGCCCUGGCACGGGAUCCUGAACGCUACCACCUUGCCCAACAGUUGCUACCAGGAGCGCUACGAGUACUUUCCCGGCUUCGAGGGUGAAGAAAUGUGGAAUCCGAACACCAACAUCUCCGAGGACUGUCUCUACCUCAAUAUCUGGGUGCCGCAAAAGCUACGUCUACGUCACAAGGAGUCGCCGGAUAACGUCGGUAACAACGGCAUGGCGAUAUUGGUGUGGGUUUACGGCGGUGGCUUCAUGAGCGGUACCGCCACCCUGGACGUCUACGACGCCGACAUUAUGGCGGCGGCCGGUAACGCGAUCAUCGCUUCGAUACAGUACCGGGUUGGCGCCUUCGGUUUUCUGUACCUCAAUCAACACUUUAUGAAUAGCGAGGAGGCGCCGGGCAACAUGGGCCUCUGGGACCAGGCCCUGGCUCUCAGGUGGCUCCGCGAGAACGCGCGCGUCUUUGGCGGCGAUCCCGACUUGAUCACGAUCUUCGGCGAAUCUGCGGGUGGUAGCUCGGUAUCCCUGCAUCUUAUCUCGCCGGUCACGCAAGGCCUAGUGCGCCGGGGUAUUCUCCAGAGCGGCACCCUAAACGCCCCGUGGAGUUACAUGACCGGCGAGAAGGCGAACGAGGUAGCUCGGGUGCUGGUGGACGAUUGCGGAUGCAAUUCGACGAUGCUGCAAGAGAACCCGGCACGAGUUAUGGCUUGCAUGAGGUCGGUCGACGCGAAAACUCUCUCUGUGCAACAGUGGAACAGUUACUGGGGUAUUCUCGGCUUUCCGUCGGCGCCCACCAUCGACGGGGUCUUCUUGCCUAAGGAUCCAUUGGACUUGGUCAGGGAGGCGGAUUUCAAAGACACCGAGAUCCUGAUUGGAAAUAACGAGAAUGAAGGAACGUAUUUUAUUCUAUACGACUUUAUUGACUUCUUCGAGAAAGAUCAAGCCAGUUUUCUGGAGCGAGACAAGUUUCUCAACAUCAUCAAUUCUAUCUUCAAGAAUAUGUCGCAAAUCGAGCGCGAAGCCAUCAUUUUCCAAUAUACCGAUUGGGAUCGGAUGAACGAUGGUUAUCAGAAUCAGAGAGCGAUAGCGGACAUCGUGGGCGAUUAUUUCUUCAUCUGCCCAUCCACACAUUUCGCGCAAUUAUUCGCAGAUCGCGGCAUGAAGGUCUACUACUACUUUUUCACGCAGAGGACAAGUACGAAUGUAUGGGGCGAAUGGAUGGGUGUGAUGCACGGUGACGAAGUGGAAUACGUCUUUGGGCAUCCCUUGAAUAAGUCUCUGGAAUACACCGAUAAAGAACGAGAACUGUCUUUGAGAAUGAUUCACUAUUUCGCACGAUUUGCAUAUACAGGGAUGCCAACAGCAAGCGAAUCUGAAUGGCCACCUUAUACCAGAGAUCAUCCAAAAUAUUUUAUUUGGAAUGCGGAAAAGACUGGCUUCGGCAGAGGUCCUCGUACAACAGCUUGUGCAUUUUGGAACGAAUUCCUGCCACGCCUAAAGGGAGUUCCCGAUCCCACACCUGAAGCAUGUAAAAGCGCAAUGGCAUCAAGCGUUUCUGCGGGUGUCGGCGGAUUGCGUGGCUCACCAACGAUCGCGUUCAUCUUCUUACUUCCGGUGCUGGUAGUAUAUAGAUUGAUAUAAGCAGUUACUCAUCUAUGUCGACAAACCCUUUUCAUGGCUGGCAGGUACCUGACUGGGCAGAAAAGUUCCAUCGGCGCUACCGUCCGACAAGCAGGUCCUAUAAUGAGCAUUGUUUACGCUUCAAGGUCGCAUUAGCGGUCGUCAACCAUUCAUAGAUCGAUAGGUCGCCGUAGGACAUGUGCUAUCGUUGUAUAGCAGUAGUCCGUCUCCACUAUGUCGUUAUGUCACCGGCACUGGUAGCAUAGCGCGACGUUUGCGAAUGAUAAUCAGAUGCCCCGUGUCUCGGCGUGGUGCAUUCGCCGUUUCGAGGUAGUCAGAGAUUUAUAUGUCGCGAUUCACGAUUGAAAACCAAAGAUCUGUACUCGGCAAAAGCCCGAGAGACGCAGAUCCCUUCGACGAUCGACUUCAGCAGAGAUUGAUCUGAUUUCGACGAUUCGCACUUUCCAUCAGCAUUCUCCAUCUUCGUCGCAGCUUUUAUCGAUCCGGUUCCGGCUUAGGUUUCAGUUUUUUUCUUUAUUUUCGUUAUCUCCUAUCUCCUUUCGUUCUCGUCGCGUCUCAUCAAUGAAUCUCUCGAUUCGAUCCAUCUUAUUUCUAUAUCUGAUUCAUAGCCUGAGAUAUGCCUCGCGAAAUACAACUGUUGCGAAAUACAAGCCCGCGUAAAUUAUUAAUUUUGCAAUCUAGUUACAGAUGUUUCUGAAACAAUCGUUUGCUUUACGAACAGUCUAAAUUAUCGAAGGCGAUCGAUCUAUAAGUCGUUGCCUGAUCGAUCGCAAGAAUGGCAAUUGCAAGAGUUGUGAAAAGAAUGCAUUGCAAAUGCAAAUGAAGUAGCAGUAGGAAAAGAGCGGAUACAGGUUUCGUACGGACUCGAAGAGAGCCAUUCCGCAGCGAUGAUUAAAUGAUUAAAUGAAUACAAUCGCGUUAUUCGUUGUUCGAUAGGUGUGAGAAAGGCAAAUGGCGACCUAUCUCGAUCUCGCAGCAAAUACGCAACAUUUGAUGAAUUAUACAUAUAAUUGACAAUUGAGCGCGAUAUACAUGUAAUUUCACUAUAAUUUCGGGAUUUGCCAAGUCUUCACGGAUCAAAUUAAACGCUAAGAUCCAAUUUUGAUCCAAAAUGCAGACGGCAAUAAACUCGUAAAAUAUAUAUAUCUAUUUGUAACAAAUUCACGAGCGAACCUGUAACAACGGCGCGAUCAAUCUCUUUGUUAGAUAUUAAUUGUAAGAAACCAGCUGCGACCGGUGCAACAUCUUGUAAUAUAUUUGAUCUCUUACAAUUAGUUUGCAAUGUAGUCGAUUAUCUACUAGCACGAUCAAGUUUUAUAUGCAAUAUCAAUUCCAGGACAUGCAGGAAACAAAAGACAAAAGAGAAUGACGAAGAUAGUAAAGUAAAAUAUAACGAACGUAGCGUAGCUGAAGAAAAUUAAUCGGUAUGGAAGGGCGCGGCUAUUAACUUCGAACUCAGUAAGCUUGAGAGCGAGUGAUUAAUAACACGAAGCGAUUUUUAUCGACAGCGUCAAUCGCGAGAAAAUCUCUCUUAAAAAGAUCUUUGAGCACUCAUUCCACUUUUGAUAAAGAAGCAAAUCAUUUAAAUUAAACGAAGCCAGUGGAGCAAAAGUAAAUGCAUAUCCUGAAUUAGAACAAGUGUUUUGCAAUUAGCCUCGUAUCAGAUAUCAGUUGUGUAUAUAUAUAUAUAUAUAUAUAUAUAUA